GGCUGGGGCCGAAGGAAAGGCGCUGAACAAAAUAGAGUAAUUGGGAACCGUCACCUGCAGGCCCCCCGGGAGUCGCAGGGCCAGCGCCGUACCUCGGGCUCCAGAUUCUGGGAGCGCUUGAUUCGCUUGCUCUGGGAGAAACUUUGGCCCAUGUGAGCUCGGUUGUCUGUGGCAGGGAACGAAAGGAAUUUUCCACAAUGAAUCACACAGAUGCCAGUUCAUUGAAUGAAUUCACAACAAGAGGUCUUACAUCUGAACUUGAAAACCUCCUGCCUGUGCCCUCCAAUGAAACCACUUGUGAAAACUGGAGAGAGAUACACCAUCUAGUUUUCCACGUAGCAAAUAUCUGUUUUGUAGUUGCUUUGGUUAUUCCAACUACUUUGACUCUUCAUAUGAUAUUUCUUAGAGGGUUAUUAACUAUAGGAUGUGCUCUUUUUAUUGUCUGGGCCACACUCUAUCGUUGUGCCUUGGAUAUAAUGAUCUGGAAUUCUGCCUUUCUGAUUAUCAACCUGUUGCAUUUUCUGUACCUGCUAUACAAAAAAAGACCGAUAAAGAUAGAAAAGGAACUCACUGGUGUAUACCGAAGAAUGUUUGAACCACUACGUGUACCCCCAGAAUUGUUCAAAAGAUUAACUGGACAGUUUUGCAAUAUUCAGACCCUUAAAAAGGGCCAGACCUAUGCUGCAGAGGAUAAAACAUCUGUGGAUGACCGCCUGAGUAUCUUAUUGAAGGGAAAAAUGAAGGUCUCCUAUCGAGGACAUUUUCUGCAUAAUAUUUACCCCUGUGCCUUUAUAGAUUCCCCUGAAUUUCGAUCAACUCAGAUGAACCGGGGUGAAAAAUUUCAGGUCACCAUUGUUGCUGAUGAUACCUGUAGAUUCUUGUGCUGGUCAAGAGAGAGAUUAACUUUUUUUCUGGAAUCAGAACCAUUCCUUUAUGAAAUAUUUAGAUACCUUAUUGGGAAGGAUAUCACAAAUAAGUUAUACUCUUUGAAUGAUCCCACAUUAAAUGAUAAGAAUGCCAAAAGGUUGGAACGCAAGCCUAGUCUUUGCUCUCAGAUUUCAGUGAUGCAAAUGAGAAACAGUAUGGCUAGUUCAAGUGACAGUGAAGAUGGCUUGCAACAUUUCCUCCGGGGGACCUCCACUGCAUCCUCUAUUCAGUACUCUAGCUGCUGAUGCUACAAGACAAUAAUUUACCCAGGGAAGACUCAUCUGUGGCUAAGAUAGUUAAAGGCAAUUAAUGAACACUAACAACAUAAAUAUGUGCUGAAGAUCAAAAGCUAAAUUAUCAUUCCUUGCCUUCUGGACUAACACCACUACUACUACUACUACUACUACUACUACUACUACUACUACCACUACUACUACUACUACCACCACCACCACCACCAUCACUGUUUCUGCUGCUACUACUGCAUAUUGAAGACCAUUCAACAAAUCCAAGGGAAAACAUAAAAUGCGUGGAUUUUCUACACUUGCAUGUCCUAAGUGACUUCUAUCAAUGUUUUAGAUUGGAUUUUAAACUUCAGUAAAUAUUAAACACCAAAGGACUUUAUCUCCCAAACCUAAGCAUUUAUGUGUUUUAAUCUUAUAUAAUUUAUAUGUUAUGGAUAAAUUAAGUCAAAUAUUCUGGUUAUUAAUGCAUUCAGGGGGAAAAAGUGAUUUCCAAGGGACAAAAUUGGUACAAACCUUCGAAGAGUCAUUUAGGCAUGGACAGUCCUUCGUGGUUGACCAAAAAAUUAUAUCACUUUAGAUACAAAAUGGUGAGCAAUUGUCUUUAGGUUUCUUCCAGUAUAAUUUCCAAAAGAGUUGACUGAUUUUGACUAAGUUUGGAACACUUUCUAAAAGAUGUGAAGAUAGACCUUCUGUUCAAUUUAAGAUUGUCUACUGUCUUGAAAGUAUGAUAGCAAGCAGAAUGUUUCAGAUGGGCCCAUGUGCUAAAAUGUUUUGUGGAGUUCGUUGAAAUUUUCUGUAUAGAUAGAAGUUACAAAGGUAUAUGACUGAACUGAGUGAGGUCUACAAUUCAUACCACUAAAAAGGU